GCGUACUGUGGGCUCAUCCACAACAGAACACAUCUCGUUCCAGGUUAAGCAAUUUCACAGUAUCUCGCGCGUCAAUUCAAGCGGUUAUGUACGCCAAUUUUGAUCAUCGAUCAUGAACAAUUUUUUGUGGCUCGUUUUUUAGUUUUUGUUAGUAGUAGGUUUCGUAUUUCUUUUUCUACUUUGAAAAUUAAUACUGCGUACUACGUAAUAAUCUUACACGGAGUAAUUGAGUUUCAUUUUGUGUCCGGCUAUUUCGAUUACCUAAACUUUUGGAAGUUUUACUGGUUGAUCUCCAUAAGUUUGGGGUGUUUUGGAGUUAAAUUAGAUUUUGGAAGAGUUGGCUUACUCUGUUGAUUUGGUUUAUUUGUUAAAGAAAUGUGUUCUCAAAGAUAAUGGUUUAAAUAUCCCUUUCAUCAAUGCAAAUAUACUUAUUUUGGAGCGUAGAUUGCCUGCGGUGCUUAUUUGCUCUUAAUUUUCAGCAUGAGUUAAUUCAUUAAAUUUCACUGGUAUUAGGAAAACUCUCUUGUGCCCAUGGAGUUUCUGUUUUUCUUGUUGUCAAGUUUAUUUAAAAUUGUUUAUUUAGCAAUUGGUUGGUUUCUUUGUAUCGUUGAUGCACAAUGUGCUAGGCUUCCUGAAAGGCGUUUUUGUUUUUCAUAUCAUGGUCCAAUUUGUUUAUGGCAGGAUGAUGUCCUUCUCUAACUUCUCCUUGUAAGGUUGUUUUAUUGGUUUAAACUUUCCAUUUGUAAUGUAUAGGAAAUGGAUGAAGGUUAUGAGGAGAAUGAUGGGAACGAUGUACCCACGACGCCCACUGACAAUGAUGUGAAAGAAAAGAAGAAGAAAAAUAAGGGAGUGGUGUCUAGAAUGUGGAAUGCUAUUUUCAGUUUACAUGAAGUUGAUUUUGAGAAGAGACUGAAAUAUAUUCAUAAGGAGGAGGUUGCUAUAUUGGCAAGAAUAAAAAAACGCUCACAAUGUUGGGGAAGAAUGACCAGACAUCUGAUUAUGCUUUCUGUAAUUUCCGAAGUCAUUGCAGUGGGUUAUGCUAUCAUGACUACAAGAUCACUUGACAUGGACUGGAAAAUGCGGGCUUUGCGAGUUUUGCCUAUGUUCAUUUUACCUUUCUUAUCUUUCCUUGCUCAUUCAGUGGUUGGAAGCCUUAUAAGGAUGCGUGAACGGAAGGACCAAAAAAUACUGGAAAAUCUUCGGGCCGAACGACAAGCAAAGAUUGAUGAGCUUAAAGAGAAAACAAAUUAUUAUACUACACAACAGCUCAUUCAGAGGUACGACCCUGACCCAGCAGCCAAGGCAGCUGCUGCUACUGUACUGGCAUCUAGGCUUGGUGCAGAAAGUGGGUUGAAAGUCCAUCUGGGAAAUGACGGGUCUACGGAAAAUGCCCCUACCGGAAGCAGAAGUGGUGCUGCUGAAUCCAGCGGGCUUCGACACCGAAAGCAGAAGCAAACCACUUCUCGUAGCCCACAAGAAGAAAUACUUCCACAACUUGAUGACUCUGAUGGGAGAGAGUAUCAUAGGCAGGUCGUUGGGCCUUAUAAUCCCAGCCCACAUGAGGGAGGGUGGCUAGCACGUCUCGCUGCGUUGCUUGUGGGAGAGGAUCCAACUCAAUGUUAUGCACUUAUAUGUUGCCACUGUCAUAUGCAUAACGGACUGGCGAGAAAGGAAGAUUUCCCUUACAUUGCAUACUAUUGCGCUCAUUGCAAAACCUUUAAUGAGCCUAAGCAUAUGCCAGAUCUUAUCACGCCAGGUUCAAGCUUGCCCCCUUUGAGAUCCACUUCUCCUGUGGAUGAAGCCAAGGUAAUCAAAAGUCCCACUGCCCCUAAUAGUAGUAGAGUCACAGAUUCCAUCUCCACCAGCCCGUCAUCUUCUCCAUUGGCUGUGACUGAAAGUGACAUUUCUUUAUCUUAGACAAGCUUUACUACAACUAACCGAACAGAAAAGAGUGAAACAGAUACAAGUGUACAGCACACAUUUUGAAGUGUGGCUGGAAUGACAGGUAAUUUGUUUGUUCUAUAAGACUAUAACUCUAAGAACCAAUGUUAAUUAUGUUGUCUCUUCGUACACUUUCGCAACACCUUGUUGGGUUUAGCAGUUCGCUGAUGUAUACGUUUGCAGCAGACUGGUGAGUUGAUCUGAUUUUGUGGUUGAGAAAGCUGAACUUUCAUAGAGUAAAUGUAAUUACUUGUGGAGUGUUUAUGUGUUGUAGGUUUGUAGCCAAUUCUUUUGUUAUGACAUGAGAGCAUACGUGAAUUGUAUAUGCUCUAAAAAUAAUAUAAGCGGAGCUUCUGAUACAUGAACCUAAGGCAUUGUAAACU